CCCUCCACAAACUGGGUUUUGUUGACCAAUGGGGAAUCGCCCCAUGGACAGCCACCCUUCGUCUUCUUUACCUUGUGUGCAGAAGAGAGAGAACCGGAACCGGGUAGUAGAGAAAGGUGGUAGCAAGAGGAGGAUGGUUAUGUACUUAGGGUGCCGGUAACAACCGGGUCCGGGUAUUAUUUGAAGCACCCUUUUCACUCCCCGUUCCACUCUCUUUUGAUGAGUUGGCUGAUUUUUAGCUCAUCAAUUCUGCCGGAAAACUGGACAAGAAAUGGGUUUAAAUUGUUAGUCUUUAAUGAUGAACCUUAAACCUCUUUAAUCAUCGGGCACGAGGUAGUUACAAGUGUGUGCGACGGGACCGACGGUGGGCCUUCAUCAGCGACAAUUAAGGAAAGUAGUCGUCAGACUGAAUUAAGACGAUGAAACUCUUCGUUUUAAUUCCUACCGUGAUAGUUUUACACAUUCUGCUUGCCAAUGUGGAUUUAGUCGACGCCACAAAUUGUAAGGGAUGCACCCCCCUGGACACCUACUCUUUCGAAAAGCUGGUAUCCAAGUUCAAAGCCACCCUUGUAAAAUUUGACGUCGCUUACCCCUACGGUGAGAAACAUGACGAAUUUGGCAAAGUUGCCGACGCCACCCGAGGUGUUUCUGACCUCCUUGUCGCCGAAGUGAACGUAAAAGACUACGGUGAUAAGGAUAACCAAGAUUUAGCCGAAAAAUAUGAGGUGAAAGCGAAGGAUUUUCCCGUUCUGAAACUAUUUCGGAGGGAAGGAGGGGAGCCACCGGAAACUUACAAGGGUGACUUCAAGUUGGACGAUAUCAUCACCUGGGUCAAGUCCUUCACCGGCGUGUACAUCGGCCUUCCCGGUUGCAUCGAACAGUUUGACAGACUCGCUGGAGAAUUCAUGAAGAGUAAAAGCGAUGUUAAAAAACGAGCCGAGCUGCUCAAACAAGCCAAGGAACUUGCAGACAAGGGGAUGGAAACACCCAAGGAUACAGAAUAUGCUCAAAUCUACGUCAAAUUAAUGGAGAAAAUUGUAGAGAAAGGGGACGAAUUUGUCAAGGGUGAAAUUGCACGAGUAGAAAAUUUAAGGAAAACCAAAGUCUCUGUAGAUAAGAAGGAGGGAUUGCAAAAACGACUGAAUAUUCUGCAAGCGUUUUCUCACGAUGAACUUUAAAAUUUGCACGGUUUAUGCACGAGUAAUUGAAAACAUGUGAAUUCCUAAAGUUUCUUAAUACUAGAUUGAUUAGAUAUAUUUAUUAAACCGGGUAUUACAUUGUCAAGGUACAUAUGCAUCCUUUUUUAUAUUUUGGCACUUAAUUAAAGUACACUUUUCUACUGUCUUCUCACCAACAUUCUGUAUACAUAGGUAUAACUUUCUGCAUAAUUAUAUUUAUUAUAAGUAUGCUGUUAGUCAUUAAAUUGGCACUUGCAUGGCAAGAUACAAAACAAUAAUAACCGUCUUGUGACUUAAAUAACAAUGCAACCUCAAGUAGAAAUGCAAUCGUAGGUUCUCUCUAGCGCACUGAAGAAAUCGAAGGUGUCAUUUUAUAACAUUUCAUUGGACUUUCUCUGAUUUUAUUGUUAUAAUCUCCACUGUAAAAGUACGCACUAUAUUGUUAACAGUGCACCACCAGUCUGUGCGCGGAUAUAAGAUCAAAGAUCGUCAAAUUAUUUGUGAUUUGUCAUUAAAAAUGUUUUUAGAAAACAAGAAAUAUAUGGCAUCUGGCAAACAAAACAUGCAAGCACCGGCAAAAAUUAUGUAGGUUCGCUUAGGUACAUAUGUACGUACAUGUGUAUAUAUAGCGUGUAUCACCUUUAUUCUAAUUAAAAUUUACCUUGCUGACGAUUACUACAUUCGUAAAUGUAUGUAGCUACCGUAAAAUUAUUCUGGAAGGCGGAAAUUGCACCGGAAACUAAGAAAUUAAAAUCGUAGAUGGAUUGUAUUACAGAGAGAAUUUAUUUUAGGAUAAAUAGUAUUCAUAGAUAUUCAAGUAAGUAAUUCGAGUGUGUGUAACAAAUUGGAAUUAUAUAUGUUACAUUUCUAAAACCAGUGAAUUUAGUUGAUGUCGAUACUUUGCGAUAUUUUAUAAUUGUAAUGCUACAAAGCCAAAGCAACAUUCGCCCAAAAAGGGGAUUCGUUCUGAACCACCGCUACAAAUGUAUCAUUCCGGCAAUUUGCCGUUAUUGAAUUUGUUAUAAAUACUUACAUGGUAUGACCCUGUGCUAUAAGUUUAUAGUCGGUAAGAAAGUGAACCAAUUUUAUGAUAAGUAAGCUAUAUAAAAUUUAACCUAGAAGACUUAAUAUGGAGUCAUAGUCUAAGUCAAUAUUCCUCUUGAUGUGCAACCCUAUAUACACACACACAGUUAAUUGGGUCACUUCAAUUGAGAAUUGGAAUUGCAAAAGAAUAAUCGAUGUACAUACUAAAUAAUAAUUGGUUGAUAAAACAAAGUAUUUAUUGCGCAAUAAUUUGUAAGAAAGAUCUAAUAUGCAUUAAUUAACAAUAGAUAAAUAGCAGCAUAUUCAGUACUACAUGAGAAAUGAACAGUUGAAAUAGCUUUGUCAAAAAAAAUAUACUUUUCAAAAUUACAAUUUAUUGAAAAAUUUGGCACAUAAGUGACAACUCGAAUGAUUUGUUUGAAAGAAAACCCAAUUGGAUGAACAAUUGACUUUAAUAAAACAAUUUGUUUUGCUCA